AUGGAGCUUAAAAUUAUUAAAUAUACUCAAUAUAAUGAAAUUAAAAACGUUGAGGGAUGCAAAAUUAACGAAAGUUUCUUUGAAAAUUAUAAAUCUUCUCAUAAUGUAAAAUGGAUGUUAGCAACAUCGAAUAUGGAUCAAAAUCAAAAAACUAUCUUUGUUGCAAUAUCAUGUGUAACUGAAUCUGAUAUGACAGUUAACAAGGAUGUACAAAAUAUAAGUUCAAAAUUUGAAACCAACAUUAGAGUUGAAAAUCGUGGAAAAACAGUCAUUUUAAAAAUUGAAAAGUCAGAAAAGUUAGAAUCUGAGGGAAUUAAAGAAAUUAAAGAUUAUAAACAACAGGAAAAUAUCGGUGGAAUUGUUUCGUUUCUGGAUGAUGAAAACGAUUCUGAUGAGAAAGAUUCCAAUAAAAUCGAUUCUGGUAAAAAUGGUUUUAAUAAACAUGGACCUGUAUGCUUUAUCUUUAAUGCAAGCGGAAUCUAUAGACUUGAAUGUACGCUCAAUAAUAAGGGAUUAAAGAAUUUUGAGCAAUUUAAUUAUCCAAAAAAACUUAUGAACGAAUUAGAAACUUUAUACAAAUCCAAAUCUUGUUUAUUACGAAUUAAUGACUGUAUUUUUAAUCAUUAUUUCCAUAUUGAGCAAUACACUGAAGGUAUUCAAGUUAUGCAAUUGUAUGAUCUAAAAACCAUGCAAAUACAACAAAUAUUUAACAUAUAUGUAGAAAAAAAUCAUCCGAAUAAAUAUAGCAAUUCCGUAUUAGCUAUUUCAAAAAAUAAGCAAAUGAUUGCUUUUUCUUCUGGAUAUGGAAAUAUAGCUCUUUAUUUAAUAGAAAAUGGUCUGGAGAUUAUUCGUAAAGAUUUAGGAAAAGAUACCAAAAUAGUUGGUUGCGAAUUUAAGGAUGAUAACACAUUAAUGAUAAUUAAACAAACUAAGGACAAGACAGUGUUGUCAAUUUGGCAUUUAUGUACAAAUGAAGUUCAAGAUUAUGAUAAAAAUAUCAAAGUUGAAGAAGAUAAAGAAAGUUUUUUAUAUAGCGCAAUGAUUCCUGGUAAAUAUGUAUUUAUUGAUAAUCUUGGUGGAAUAUUAUCUAUAUAUGAUAAUAUAUUUAAAAUAGAUAAUAAGACAAAAGAAAAUCAAAGUUCUUUACCAGAAUUAGAAUUAUACAAAGGUGGUCAUAAAAAAGAAACAAAGGAUGAAGAUCAUUCAAAUAAAGCAGCGUUACCUAUUAUACUUAAUAGAGAACCAUGGAUAACUGAUGAUUAUAAAAAGGAAUGGAUAUAUCUUGAUCAAGAAAAAUUGAUACAUUUAUAUAUUGGAAAAUGCACAGUUCAAGUAUGGCGUAAGAUUAAGCAAGAAGAAAAUUUUAUUCUUGAAUAUUUUUGGACGAACGAAUAUGAUGAUGAAAUUAAUGAUAAUGGAAUAUUACAAAUAGUAGAUUUAUUUGUUUAUAAAAGUGGAUUUGUUCUUAAAUUAAAAAAAAAUAAUAACUAUAUUGACCUCAAAUGGACAGAUAAAGAUAUUGUUGGUCAUAAGGAUUUAAUGAGGCAUGCUUGUAUUGGCCUUGAAUAUUUAAAUGAUCAAAGAAAUAAAUUAGCAGGAUAUGAGAACCAGCAUGUAUUUGAAGAAAUUAAGAAUAAUGUUUCUCUUAUGAUUUUGAGAUUUAUUAGAAAUUAUCCUGACAUUUGGAAAAUGCUAGAUAUUCACUAUAAUCUUAUGGCAAGCAUUAUAAUUGGUGGCUCAGAUACUCUUAUUAAAUAUAUUUUAUUUGGUGAUGAUGUAGUAAAACAUACAAAUUUACAUAUACCAAGAAUAACUCGAUGGACUGAAUCUAAAAAUAAUUCAAAUAAAAGUGAUUUGCAAAUAGCUAUUGGAUUGUGUGAACCUGGUCUUGAACGUAACCGUAGAAUUUUGGUUGUAACUUAUUUACUUGAAUAUUAUUCGAAAAAUGCAACUGAACAUCACGGAUGGUUAAUUAAUAUUUCAAAAGCAUUACCAGACUUAUACACAUAUAAUUUAGAAUCUUGUGUUAGCGAAUUAUUUUAUAAAAAAUGCAUGGAAGGUAUAGAAAUAUCAAAUAUUAUUGAACACACAGAUAUUAUACCUAAAUAUAUUCAAAUCAUUUUAAAAGUAAAACAAAAGUUCACAGCAUUUAAUCCAAUCUCAAAACUUAUUUCAGCAAGUGAGCAGAAAUUUGAUUUUAAAGAUGGUUUGAAGUUAGAAUUAACAAAACUUUACGUAAAAUUUCUUCCAAAGAAAUAUGAAAAUUAUUCUCCAACUGUAAAAACAGUUCCCUUACAUAAUUUUACUGUUAAUAGUAUACAUGGAAAUAAUAACGACAAACCCUCUCAAUUACACCCUUAUCUCCAACAUAUUAUCAAACUUUUGAAAUUAUUGUUCAUCCCUCGAGGUUAUCUUGUUAACCAUUCAGCUGAUGCAGAGAGAUCUUCACAACUUAGUCCAUUUGUACAACUAAUUAGAAAAGAAAAUAAUGAUGAUAUCUUUAAUAACCCUGUAAUGGAAGCUUACAGACAGUUUCAACAUCAUGAUUGGAGAUAUUACUUCAAACUUUUUAAUUGUAUUGAUUUAGCAUCAAUUGUCGUAGCAGUGGUUAUAAUGUCAGUUUAUGUCACUCCUUCAUUUGAUACUAAAAACGCAUUUGCUAAUGUUGUGACAACUCAAGGAACAACCAUCGCGAUUUCUUUUACGAUGUUAUUACUGUGGUUUGAAUUUAUUUUAUAUCUUCGGUUAAUUUCAGAACCAGCGAAAUAUAUCUAUAUUAUGCUAAAUAUUAUUAAAGAGAUAUGGAUAUUUCUCGCUUUUAUGAUUCUUGUGAUGGCAGGAUUGGCACAUAGUUUUUUAUUAUUGUUACAAUAUCCUGACUUUACAAAUAUUCAAGAAAACUCAUCAUCAUCCACAUUAUUUACGGGUGAUUCUAACUUCAAAAUUCAAAAAGAUUUUGAUCGAACCGAAGAUAACCCUGCUAAAUCUUUCGUUACCUCAUUCCUUUCAACAUAUAGUUGGUUAAGUGGUGGAUUUUCACAACAAGAUUCAUGGAAUUUUUGGGCGGUAAAGUUUAUUACCUUCUUUGGUAGUUUUCUUUUAGUAACCAUUUUACAAAAUAUGUUUAUUGCUUUUAUGGGGGGUGUGUAUUCUAAUGCAUUUGAGAAAGGUCGUGUUGCUUUAUUACGAUUUCGUGCAGAUUCAAUUUCGGAUUAUGAGGCAUUAGAUGAGAUAUAUUUCUAUCCUCCACCACCAGAACCAAAAUAUAUUUAUUAUAUUGGUAAAUCAAAAAGUCAUGAAAACUGGGAUGAGAAUGUCAAUAAACGUGAGAAUAAAAACUUAUAUGAUGAUUAUGAAAGCGAACAGAAGAAUGAAGAAGAUACUAGUGUCGAACUUAAUAAUAAGGUUAUUGAAUUGAACAGCAAAGUUGAUCAAGCUUGUAGUAAGAUAGAAGAUACUAGUGUUGAGCUUAAUAAUAAGAUUGUUGAAUUGAACAGCAAAGUUGAUAAGGUUUGUAGUAAGAUAGAAGAGGUUAAUAAUAAGAUCGAUAAAUUACUUAACUUUAAGUAA